GGCCGGCCGGCACAAAGGACAAUUUCAACUUCGGUACCGCUUUAGUAUAUAAGAUAUUCAGUCCUUGUUGAUCAUUUCUAAAAAAGUCCCACACUUAUAUUUCCCUGAUAACUUUGCUUAUGGCAGGGAGUGUGGAGGAGUCAAAGAAGUUGCAGCUCUACUCAUAUUGGCGAAGCUCAUGUGCAUUUCGUGUCAGAAUAGCUCUCAAUUUGAAAGGAUUGGAAUAUGAGUAUAAAGCUGUUAACUUGCUCAAAGGAGAACAAACGGACCCUGAAUACUUAAAGCUGAAUCCCCUUGGAUAUGUGCCGACUUUGGUGGAUGGAGAUGCAGUAAUUGCCGACUCUUUUGCUAUCAUAAUGUAUCUGGAAGAGAAGCAUCCCCAGCGAGCAUUGUUGCCUCAGGAUCUUCAGAAAAGAGCAAUCAACUAUCAGGCUGCAAACAUUGUUGCGGCAAACAUUCAGCCUCUACAGAAUCUUGCUGUUCUUAAGUACAUCCAAGAAAAAGUUGGCCCUAAUGAGACAACCCCUUGGGUUCAAACUCAUAUAAGAAAAGGCUUUGAAGCACUUGAAAAGCUACUAAAAGAUUAUGCUGGGAAGUAUGCAACAGGAGAUGAAGUUUAUGUGGCCGACUUGUUUCUGGCACCUCAGAUCCAUGCCGCAAUCAAGCGUUUUGAAAUUGACAUGAAUCAGUUCCCUACUCUGUUGAGGGUAUAUGAGGCUUACCAAGAGCUGCCUGCUUUCCAGGAUGCUAUGCCAGAGAAGCAACCUGAUGCCACCGGCUGAGGCCGGCCAUCCAUCACCUUAAAAGUUCCCUUCGAACCAUUGACUCAACUGCUGGACUUGCGUUUUAGCAGAAUGCUUGACAAGAUGGCUUUUGAUUUUUUCAUGUCAGAUCAGGAGAAGUGGUUUGCAUACUUGCAUGCUUGGCAUCUAUGCUUCUAGUUAUGAAUAAAAGUACAUAUAGCUGUGUAUCACUUCGCUUAUGGCGAAGUCAUGAUAAUACUGAAGUUCAAACAGUGAAAAUGGUAUUGCACCUAUUUUAAGAGGACUUGGAUGAACAUUCCUUGGUUUAUGUUGUAAUUUGUGAGCUAUAAUAAAGUUCCUUGCAUGUUGAAAAA